ACCACCCGACCCAUUCUUGUAUCCAUCUCAAACCACCUUGGAAUCCUCCAAAGCCUCCACUGAAGCCAAUCUUCCCUCCUCCGAGCUAUUAUUACUUUGUCAGUGGCAACAAUGGCUUCUCACUUCCUUCCAACGACCCGAAUUAGGUUGGCCUCCCCGUGUCCGAACCCGAUUCUAUCUGCUCCUUCCUCUGUAGGAGCCUCUUUAUCCACCAGCUUUCUUUCUCCUUUCGUGGGUGGCAGCGUAUUGGGGAACUUUUCGGGUCAUAAAAUCCGACCCAUCUCCCUCAAUCCUUAUUCCUCCACCUCUCGCGCCAAACGCGGUGUCGUCACUAUGGUCAUCCCUUUCUCAAGAGGAAGUGCCUGGGAGCAACCUCCUCCAGAUUUAGCAUCUUACUUGUAUAAGAAUCGUAUUGUCUACUUGGGCAUGUCUCUGGUGCCAUCUGUCACGGAACUGAUACUCGCUGAGUUUCUUUACCUUCAGUAUGAAGACGAGGAAAAGCCAAUUUAUCUUUACAUAAAUUCCACCGGUACAACCAAGGGUGGGGAGAAGUUGGGCUACGAGACAGAGGCUUUUGCAAUUUAUGAUGUUAUGAGGUAUGUCAAGCCACCUAUUUUCACACUGUGUGUUGGAAAUGCUUGGGGAGAAGCAGCCUUGCUUUUGGCUGCUGGUGCAAAAGGCAACCGUUCUGCCUUGCCGUCAUCAACAAUCAUGAUUAAGCAGCCAAUUGCAAGAUUUCAAGGUCAGGCAUCAGAUGUUGAACUUAUGAGAAAAGAAGUUAAAAAUGUGAAGGCUGAGUUGGUUAAACUUUACUCGAAGCAUAUAGGAAAAUCGCCUGAGCAGAUUGAAGAAGACAUAAGGCGUCCAAAAUAUUUUAGUCCGAGCGAGGCAGUUGAAUAUGGGAUCAUUGACAAGGUUCUGUACAACGAAAGGAGCAGUGAAGAUAGAGGGGUUUUGACUGACCUGAAAAAAGCUCAACUUAUAUAAAUUACACAAAAUUAUUAUCAAUCCAAGAAGCAACGAUAGGGGUGGUACGAUCAUUACCUGGUAAUCAUGAUCGUGUAAAUUAUUUGAUGUUGAACCAGUUGCAAAUGGUAAAUAAUCUAAUGCAACAGGUUUAGGGCAAUUCUUCACUAUGGCUAUUCCCCUUGUCACAAACUCGUCCGUUGUCUACAUCUGUCAAUAUAACAGCAGCUGUACUAAAUUUGAUUGACUGAAUUGGUAGAGUGAACGUAGCUUGAUAUCCUUAAAUUACUGUUAAAAUUUGAAAUUUCCACUCGUUUUCAUUUACAGUGAAUCCUAGUGUUUCCCAGUACAUGACAUCAUGCUGUAAGAGGAUGACGUUUCCAAGUAAUGCAGUUAAGCAUAUCUUUCUUGUACCAUAAUUUGAAUAACAAUUACACUUGAUUAAAUUGAGUUUAUGUUUUACUUCUCAAGCCAAUGUUUUGGUU